AUGGCGAUUGCCCACGUAGCCACCGAAUACGUUUUUUCCGACUUUUUGUUGAAGGACCCCACGGAGGCGAAGUACAAAGGCGUGCGUCUGGAGCUGGCGGCGGACAAAAUAGUCACAUUUCUGGCGGUGGGGUUGCCUCUGUUUCUCAUCUCACUCGCGUUUGCCCAAGAGGUGUCAGUCGGUACCCAGAUCAGCUGCUUUGCUCCCACUAACUUCUCUUGGAGACAGGCAGCGUAUGUGGACUCUUUCUGUUGGGCAGCAGUGCAGCAACAAGCUGACAGUUCACCACUAUGGCUUCACAAGUUCUUUCCAUACAUCCUGCUCUCACUCGCCAUCCUCAUGUACAUCCCUGCCCUGUUCUGGCGUUUCACUGCCGCUCCACAUCUCUCCUCUGACCUCAACUUCAUCAUGGAGGAGCUCGACCGCUUUUACAAUCAGGCCAUCAGACUGGCAAAGAAUCUUGCGACUUUAGAUAACAAGGAUGGACCUGAGGACACACCGAGUGCUCUGGAACUGACAGAGGGCUGCUUCAAAUACCCAUUAGUGGAGCAGUACCUGAAGACUAAGCGCUUCUCUCACUCUCUCGUGGUAAAGUACCUGGUAUGCCGCGGCCUGACUUUACUCAUCCUCCUGCUGGCCUGCCUCUAUCUUGGCUACUACAUCCGAUUGGCCUCACUCACCGACGAGUUUCCCUGUGACAUGCGCACAGGAGUGCUGAAGAACGACAGCAUGGUGCCUUCAGCUGUCCAGUGUAAGCUUGUGGCGGUGGGUGUCUUCAGGCUGCUCAGCUACAUCAACCUGGGGGUGUAUGUGCUUCUUACUCCGCUGGUGGUGUACUCUGCUCUUGGACCAGCGCGCCAGAGCUCCAGCUUCCUCCGGCCAUAUGAGAUGCUACCGGGCUUCGGUGCCUUGGGUGUGGUCACACCCUUCUACAAUGACCUCAGCAUCUAUCUGAUGUUCCUGCAGGAGAACCUGAGCGAACUCAAAUCAUUUAAAUGUCUUGAGGUGCUGGAGUUGUUGCAAGAGGCAGGUGAUGAGGGGUUUGACACCAUGUGCCUAUUACGAACUCUGGGACAGGUGAAGACGGAUGUGUUGGACAGCAAGAAGCCGUGCUCACGAAAGAACACCAAAAGCACUAAUAAGUCUGAAGCAUAACUCCUCUCAGAUCUCACUGCCUUUUUACUGUAAGGUUGGUUUAACCAGAAGGAUACAGCCUGU